CAGAACUUUAUAAUUUCACAAGUGAGAGUGUAGGUGGGUGUUCCUAGUUUGCAUUGUCGCCUAGGGUAGAGACGCGCGAAUAGGCUACUCUGAGGUGAUCCAACAGGCUGCCCUGACUACACACUGGCUAAAUGCUCAGCACGACCACACAGGUGCAUCUGUCUUAAACGACCUCCUGUCUAGUCCUGGUAUCUGCACACAGUAAUACAUUAAGGGAACGGCAUACGACAAUGAGCUCCUCUCUUCCCAAAAGCGAAUCUACCACCUCUCUGCUGAGAGCUUCGGCCGUGCCGGUGAGUCGGAGGUCCGAACAUUCUGAGCAUCAUGGGUCGCGCAGCCACUGUAGUCACAUCCACCAACCCGACGGAGGUAAAGAUGUACCUGACGAGCCGUGUUGGACCGAUGAGCGCGAGGCAAGCGCGCGCAGACCCCUUUGUCAACCGAGGCAUGCUGGUGGCAGGACAGACAGGAAUGGAUGUGAUAAACGGGGACAUUCCCACCAACAAAGCAGCCACUACAAUGACGGCUACAGCCAGGAAGAAAUUAGAGAGCGGAUGGAUCGGAGCGGGAAAGACCGCAGUAAGUCGUCUAGACACCCACACCACCACCACCACAACACCUCAAGAUGUGACCUGCCGCCAGCGCAUCACCACGGCAACGCACGUCCGGGGCGGAGGUCUUCGCCAACUCCAUCCUAUACUAAACAAUCCGACGAUACUGCGUACUUUUUUGAAUCAAAGGACAGAAUAAAUACUGGGUCGUCCACGAGUUUAAACUCGGUCCCACCCGCAACGGCCACGCCAGUUACCGGCCCCGUUACCAGCCGCACCUCCAAAAGACUCAGCACAGCUCCAUCUGAACAUGACUCCAAUCUGCACCCGAUAGUGAAAUCAGUUUUCGGGCAGGAUAGAGAGCUGAGGCCGGAGGAAAUGGAUGAGUUGCGUGAGGCUUUUAAAGAGUUUGACAAAGACCAUGAUGGCUUCAUCGGCUGUAAAGACCUGGGCAACUGCAUGAGGACCAUGGGCUACAUGCCUACAGAGAUGGAGCUGAUUGAACUGAGCCAGCAGAUCAAUAUGAACUUGGGAGGACAUGUUGACUUUGAGGACUUUGUGGAGCUGAUGGGGCCAAAACUUCUGGCUGAAACAGCAGAUAUGAUUGGGGUCAAGGAGCUGAGGGACGCUUUUAAAGAGUUUGACACCAAUGGUGAUGGCAAGAUCAGCACAUCAGAACUCAGAGAAGCAAUGAAGAAACUUCUUGGUCAGCAGGUUGGUCACAGGGACCUAGAAGACAUCCUGCGGGACAUUGACCUGAAUGGAGAUGGUCACGUAGACUUUGAAGAGUUUGUACGUAUGAUGUCUCGCUGAGUGACAGGUUAAGCACCUGUAGGCCAUGUUUCUGACUGGCCCCUUUCCUGGUAAGAGAGGAAGAGAAGGAGAAGAGAUGCCGGAGCCGUUACCAACGGACCACUUACCUCUGACUUCUGUACAACAGAAGGGGAAAGCAACAUAUCAACAACCGCCCUGCUACUGCCACAUCCGAAGACGAGCACAGAAGCUGCCGGAACAACGUCAGCGAUCAUGAUGCUGUAUGCUGCCGUCCUUAAGAGCAAAACAGAACAACAGCCAGCCUCCCACAAUUUUACACUGUACAUUUCCGAUAUUAGAGGUGUUUGUAGGUGUUUACAGGGGCUAAAGAGCAAUGUGAUGUUUGAGCUACUUACAAUCAUUACCAUGGUUGGUUAAGGCUAUGGGAAAGUAAAUGAGACAUAUUGAUAUUUUCUCAUGCCAGCGUCUCCCAUAACCAACCUAAAGCACCAUAUUCCCCUCUGGGGCCUUUUACUCCUAAGCUAAACUUUUUAAUGGCAAUAUUAUUUCAAUGUACCUACUGUCAAAAUAUGUAUUGUUCAUGUGUGCGUACGUGUAUGUUUGUGUGUACCUCAAUUCUCCCAUAUUGUACGAUUCCAUAUGUCUUAAGCUACUGUAGAGUUAGUUUCAAACCCAUGGCCUACGCUAGACAACUGUCUCUGUCUUGAAAUACAUCUCAUGUAUUAGCGCUGAUGCACUUCUUCAGAUUUUAUUGUUAUCAAACACAUAUCGAGUUACAUUAUACAAGCUUUGAACAUAGAUGGGCAACUGUUUUGAUAAAGGAAAAAGCAUUUUCAUGAAAACCGAAGACUGGGGAAUGGGGUAGCAAUCAUAAAUAAACUGUUUACGUCUGGCCAACCCAAUACCCCAAAAAUGUGUACAGUGUUUUGCAUGAAUACUGAGAUUGUAUGGAGUGACACACUGUCACUCCAUACAAAUCAACAAUGUGCACCACAGACAAACAUACACACUGUAAUUUAUUGUGGUGAUCAACAUAACACUGAAACCUGUGUCUCUCUAUGUGUGUAAAAUCAGUGUGUAUCUCUGUACUGAUGAGAGUGUGUUUGUGUUUGAGUGUAGAACUUGUGAGUUUUUGUGUGUCCCUUACGCAGUCUUAUUUGUGACUUUGAAUUUGUCUUGUGCGAUUCUAUGCAUGCCAAAUACUAAAACAAUGUGUAGCGUAGUAGUUGAGAAUAAACAGCUUUAUUGCAAUUAUA